UGUCAAAUCAUAAUUUUUAUUCCACGCAGUUGGCCUUUUGAUUAAUGCUGCUACUACUGCUGCCGUUCCACAGAAUGGUACAAAUGAAGCAGAUUAUUUCACAGAUUUACACCAUCUGAGUUGAGUAUUCCCCAACGCAUGUAUUGACGCUUUACAUUUUACCGAAAACAAAUCUGAUGCACCCUAGAAUAAAAUUCAAUGUGCUCUACUUCGUAACAACGCUGUGUUUACACAAUUGGAAAAAGCUUGGAGUAAAAUGGGUUUAUGGAAAUAUUAAUGACCAGCUGAAUUCAUACAAGAUGGCGACCGUGAAAAGUUGCUCGUUUGGUACUUUAGAAUUUGCUAAGACUCAACAGUAGCUGGAGAACGUUUCUUCCGGACAGGUUCCGCGAGAUGACUUGGAGUUUUUAUUUCUGUGUUUUUGUCGCAGUACUGCAGAUAAUGUUCGUGAAAAGUGAUGAUGGUGAAGAUGUAUCGGAAAUUAAACAACCUUCUGGAUUUGCCGUAAUGUGGACGGACAGCGAUCAACAGGACAUAUCUAUUCUCCGAAUGAUACAAGCUUGGACACAAUAUCGGAAUGAACUCACCGACUCGGCGAUUCCGCUGCUGCAGAGCCUGGUCAACGAGCAACGCAGUAGAUCUUUGGUUUUAUUUGAAAUCCGAUUUCCAGACAGAAAGUUUUUGUGGACUUUUAACGAGUUUUACGUUUCAUUCACAUAUUUACUCAUUGCGGUAGUACUUGUUAUGUGCAUCAUACUAGUAUGUGGCUUAAAACCACCUAAGCGUCUGGAAGUAGAGUCAAAAACGACAAUAGAAGUCUGAAAUGAAGAAUUAUACUACUAAGUACAAACCUGUAAAAUAAAAUGAACCGUAUGGUCUGAUUUUUAGCAAAUAAAAAAAAUAUUUUUGUCUUGGAAAC